AUGGGCGUGCAGCAGGGUGCGGAGAGCGGGGCGCAGGUCCCAGCUUGCCUGGAGCCCCGGGCCCCGCUUUCCUGCGGCUCCUGCGCGGAGCCGGCCGGCGUGCAGCGGCUUGUCGGCGGCCGGACGUCACGGCAGUCCCGGGGCGGCGGGGCGCAGGCACGGUCCUCCUGUCCCAUCCCGUUCCCUCCCGGUGCCCGCGGCAGCACUCACCCGGUCGGCGCCGAGCUCGUCCGGGCGGGCGUUGUGCAUGCCCGGUCCUGCACCCCCGGCGCCGCUCCCAGUGCCGCCGGUGCCGGAGCAGCAGCAGCAGCGACAGCGGACGGAGCGCCCGGCCGUGCCCGCCGCCUCCCGGCGCUGCCCGGCAGCCCCGCCCCGACCCGCCCCGGCCAAUGGGGCCGCCGUAACGUGAGCCCGGCCCGCACCGGCACCGCCGCCCCGGGGCCCCGCCCCGCCCACGGACCCCUCCCCGCCGCCCCGGGGCCCCGCGCCGGGCACCACCCGGGCACCGCCGGGACAGGCGGGAGCCGUACCCUGGCCCCGGCAGCACCUCGGGGGUCCCGCAGCCCGGGCAUUGCCAGGGCACACCUGGCAGGCUGGGGUGACACUCUCCUUUUUGCAGGGACCUUCGUCAGAGCAACAGUCCUGCCUGACUUGCCACGUGUGGUGGCCCUGAGUGAGGACACAGUGCCAGGCAGCCGCGUCGCUGAGGUGACCGUGUCCUGCAGCAACUCAAGCAGCAGUCCCAAUGUCACCCUGGAUAGCAUCGAGCCCAGCCACCCCUUCAACUCCAUCGCCAUCAGCUCUGACCCCACAGAUGCCACCACGUUCCGGGCUGAGGUGUGGCUGGGGAAUAGGGAACGGGGCAGGAGCUGGCAGGCGCCCUGCUGAGUGACUGUGUCCCCACUGCAGGUGACACUGCGUGCUGGUGCGGAGCUCGAUGCCCGCCAGGUGAACCAGUACACACUGACCCUGCGGGCUGCUUGUCCUGGUGAGGGUGAGGUGGAAGAGCGGCUCUUUGUCCAGGUGACAGCAGGGCAUGUGUUGCGCUGUGAUUCCCCAUUUGCCAGUGCAGAGGGUGAUGUGGUGCAGGUGCUGGCAGAUGUGGCACCCAGGACGCCCCUGUACGCGGUGCUGCCGCAGCCGCUUGGUGGGCUGAUGUUCAGGCUCCGAAACCGCAACACACCACUCACACUCACCCGCCGGGGCCUGGUGCUGGCACCUGACAAUGGUUUUGACCCCAGCAAGGACACCCAGACAUUCAGGUUGGAGAUUGAGGUGAUGGAUCGUCACGGGCACAACUGCAGCGGGGCUGUAAGGGUGGAGGUGCUGCCAUCACACCGUCCCCGUGUCACCUUCCCUGAGCCACACCGGGCUGUGUCGGUGACAGAAGGCAUUGGCCCCUGGGAGGUGGUCACACAGGUCCAUGCCAGAGGUGACAAUGUCCACUAUGCCAUCCUUGCUCCUGUGGCUCCCACGCUCUUCACCAUUGAUGAGGUGACAGGCGAGAUCCGCAGCACCCGUCGGCUGCAGGUGACCCAUGCCCACCUCCUCAUCCGGGCUUACAACGCGCUGCACCCCGAUGACCACGCCACCGCCACGGUCAACGUCACCGUGCAGGGGACAAACCGCCAGGCACCAAGAUGUGUCCCAGCCAUCUUCGUGUCCCAGGUUCCUGAAACAGUGUCCCCUGGCAGCACCUUGGUGACACUGAGGUGCACCGACUCCACCAGCACUGAUGGGUGCCUGCACUAUGCUCUCGAGGGGCCUCCCUCCUCCCGCUCCCACUUCUGCAUGGAGGGGCCACAGCUGAAGGUCAACACCAGCCUGGACUAUGACUCGGAGACCAUGGCUGCUCUGGGCUUCCAGUUCACAGCCACCAUUGUGGUGACAGUGGGAGGGCAGCCCCUACAGAGCACCCGUGUGCCUGUGCUUGUGACGGUGACACCUGUCAACGAAUUCAGACCAGCGUGCCCCAGCGGUACCACCUUCACCGUGCCAGAGACAGCAGCUUUCAACAGUGUCGUGGGGCGUGUGGCUGGCACUGACCGUGACUAUCCCCUGGACAGCCUCGAGUACAGCCUGGAGGGGGGCUCUGGCCCUGCACAGCCCUUCUCCAUCAACAGGCGCACUGGCGAGAUCCGCGUGGUGGGACCCCUGGACUCCCAGCAGCAGAAGAGCUACAGGCUGGUGGUGCAGCUGACGGACACCCACAAUGACCUGGACCCAAGGAAGAGGCAGAGCCGUGCGUGCGACGUGUCUGUGCGCCUGCAGGCUGUGCCGGACCAGCUGCCGGUGUGCGUCCCCGAGGUGCAGGAGCUGCGGAUCAUGGCUGGGUCCCCGGACAGCCGCCAGCCUGUCACCCACCUGGCGUGCCAUGGCAGCCCCAACAGCGCCGUGCUGACUUACACCAUUGUUGGAGGUGAGGAACGGCCAGCCACAGCACGAACCAGCCCUCGCCGCGGUGUGACACUGAGCAGACCUUCUCGUCCAGGCAAUGAAGACGGGCGCUUUCGGCUGGAAGGGAGCACCCUUAUCUACCUCCCCAGUGACCGAGCCUCACCUCACCCAUUUGUCCUGCUGGUGGAGGUGUGGGCCGGCUCUGGUGCCCGCCGCCGCAGCAGCGUGGUGGCACUGGUGGUGCACGUCACCCCCCGGAGCACUCCGGUGCCACCCAGCACCACCACCCAGCACACGACGCUGCAGAAGGAGCCGCUGGUUGUGUUGCAGACAGAGGCAGUGUGGCACCCGCCAGCCUGGUUUGUGGCCGUACUGACCAUCUCUGGUGCCCUGCUGCUGGCCACCCUGGGCCGCAUAGGCCGGAACCUGCUGUGCAGCAACUGGGCUCCUGGUAAGCUGUUCCUGGCCCAGAGUGCUGCCUCCAUCUCAGGCAGCGGCAGGGACUAUCUCUUCCAUAGCGUGACCGGGGCUCGGCGCUGGAUCUGA